AUAAAAAGACUAAAUAUUUCCUCCUCUCUCUCCUUCAAAUCCUCACUCACUACUUUUCUUGACGAAAUUUCUUCCACCAAAUUCUCAAAAACUUCAAAAUUCUCACCACCACCACCGCACGCCGUCGUCCUCCACCGCCGGAGUCCACGUGAGCGAUUUAGAGUUUUAGACCCUCCGUGUCCACCCGCGUUGACAAAACCGAGUAGUCUUAUUUACUCUUAUUGUUUGUUUGGAAUAACGAAUACCUUCAUCGAAUAAGAAUGGUUUCAGUCGUGUAAUAUCAUAACAUGGGUCCUGUUCUCGACUUUAAAGAAAGAAACGAAACCGCAAUGGAAGCCUCGACUAGUAAAAACCAUACAGCUUUUGCAUCAAUGCCAAACGAUAAAAACAUGAAACUUGAUAGUAAGUAUAAGGGAAAAUUUGCUAUGGGAGUUCCAUUAAAUGAGCAAGACCUUGACGUAUCGAAGUCUAAAAAUGAGAACGGCGGUGCUUCGAACCAACCUCAGUCUGGUGAUUCUACUGCGUCUUCAAGUUCUUUUGGUGACGCAUUUUCUGACUUUGGAGCUUGUGAAUUUGAAAGCGACAAUGAAGUUAUGUCAGAUUUUCGCGGGGAUUUGAUACCCCUGAGGAAGAAAAGGGUGACGUCUCAUUGGAGGAAGUAUGUACAACCGAUUAUGUGGCGUUGUAAAUGGGCUGAAUUGCAGCUUAGGAAAUUCCAGUCCAUGGGCAUCAUGUACGGCAAAGAGAUCGAGAAAUAUAAACAAACAAAACGAUUGAAAUAUAAUAACUCUGAAUUAGACUACGGUUGUGCAAAGGCUACGCCUUUUUUACAUGAUUCUCAAAGAGAGAAACCUAUGAAGAGGAAGAUAAGGAAACGACAUGAAGAGCGGGACCCAGAAGCGUACAUGUCGCAACACAGCUUAUUCUCCUAUAUUGCUACUUGCGGGUCCCCUCCUCAUGCUCCAACAAUGGAUGCUGAUCCGACUAAUCUCGCAGGUCCAUCUUCCCCUAAGAAUGCCGGCAACGAAUUUAGGGUUCCAGAUGAAUUGUUAUCUCUUGAAUUCAGAGAUGAUUAUUCAUUGGAACAAAUACUUUGGAAGAUUGAACUCUCACUGUCUCAAGUUUCCGAAAUGAAGAACAAACUGAACACCGUAAUGACUGAAAAUUCCGAAAGGAUCUUAUCCACUGUGGAGAUAACAUUGCAUGAAUCUAAUAAUGCGUUGACAUGCCCCGUUAAGAAACCGGAUUAUCCAACAAACAUGGCAGGACCAUCUGUAGCUGCUACAUUUGCGUCUCAACUAAUUAAAUUAAACACAGGUGAUGAUGAUCUGGUUAAACCGAAUGAUCUGGUCAAAGAUGAAAAUGCAGCUUCUGAGGAGACUCGUUCUGAAGACGCAAAUAAAUCCACGGAACAGCCUCCUGUUAAUUCAAGAAAACGAGGUUCAGAUGGAAUUCUGAUAUACAACCGCAGAGCAAAGAAGCCGCAAACAGAUUCAGGGGAUGUAAAGAUUCAUCCAGUAGAGAAUCUCCAGGAUCCCGUGGAAGAAAAAAGUAACACAACUCCCGUUUCUGAAGAUUCAACCCAAAACGAACAACCGGCUCCAAGAACACGGCCUGGUUCUAGAUUAAACAUCCCAAACAACACAAAAAAGAGAGCUGCAAGGAGCCGACGCAAAAGUGGUGCAGGCCUAUGGACCCGAAGAACCUCAGGUUAGGCCUUGGCAUCAUCUUGUACAUCCGCUAACGAGCUUUCUUCCGUAGUUCUGUUAUUUUGUUUCUUUGUGAAUAAAAAAGUCGCGUUUGCGUACUUUUUCUUUCGAUCACCAUUUUUGGAGAUACAUGUAUAUGAAUCUUGGUAGAUAUUUUAGCUUUGCAAUUUGCAAUGGUUUGAUUGGUAUUUCUUCGUUUUUUAAAUGCAAGAGGAAUUUAAAUUUCU